UAAAAGGGUAACUCCCACUUUUUUCAACCAUUAAAGAUCAUCCUUCAGCCUCUCUCCAUUUCAAUCCGACCUUCUUCAUUUCCCCUCUCUGUAAUUCUCCUCAGUCUUCACCAAUCACCAUGGCCAUGGCUCUAAGACCCAUUGAUAACGCACUGCCGGUUACACCAGAACGGCCGAAGAAACAAGCGAAAGUGGCCGUUCCAGUCCAGAAGCGAAGCGAUUCCGGUGUAAACGAUGAGAAUCAGGCUCCGGUUCCUCCUUCUACUGAUGCUGCCAUUGAUUAUGUUUCUUCUGAGAAUCUGAAGCCCUUGACGGACCCUGAUUCUAAUAAUUUCAUUGAAGAAUUAGAUUCGAAGGAUUGGGUGAAAGUCUGUGAAUCGCUCAAUAAUGCUAGACGUCUCGCGAUUUUUCACUCCGACAUUUUGCUCCCUUCGUUAGAGAAAGUUAUAGCGAUUCUGAUGAAAUCGAUGAAAAACCCUAGAAGUGCCCUAAUUAAGACCUCGAUCAUGGCUUCGUCUGACAUUUUCAACGCAUUUGGUGAUCUGUUACUCGAAACACACACUACCAAUGCAUUUGAUCAAUUGCUGCUCCAAUUACUGCUCAAAGCUUCUCAGGACAAGAAAUUUGUGUGUGAAGAAGCAGACAAGGCACUGAAAGCUCUAGUGAAAUCCAUGACUGCUCUGCCUCUGCUGCAAAAGCUUAAGCCGUAUGUCUCCCAUUCAAACCUAAGAGUCAGAGCCAAAGCCGCCAUUCCAAUCUCCAAUUGUGUCUCUAAGAUGGACCUGGAAGAAAUGAACCAAUAUGGGAUUGUCCCAUUGCUUCAAAUGGCUGCAGAUUUGCUAAACGAUAGGCUACCUGAGGCAAGGGAAGCAGCUCGGAGUAUCGUGAUGGGAGUGUUCAAAGCAUUCACGGCAAACGAGGAAGAGAAACAGGAGGCUUGGCAAAGCUUUUGCCAAACUAAUCUGUCGCCGAUUCAAGCUCAGUCUUUGCUCAAAGUUACCUCUUCCCUAUAAGCGGUGGUUUUGGGUAAGCUUAGAUAAGUGCUGCUGUGCUUGGCAGACCCUUAGGAUGAUGAUGAUCAUCAAGUUUCCUUUUAGGUUUGGAAAUUUUUAUGUGUUCUAUGAAAGCUUCCACUCUUACAUGAUGAGUUCUGCUUUCUACUUCUCAGGAAUUUGUUCUGUAGAACAGCUUUUUUUCUUGUUCUCUUCCUUUCCCUUUGUUGGUGUGGAAGAGAGAUUGUGAAAGACAAUAAACAAGUUGUUGUUGCACAUUU